AUGUCGCCAUCAACCUCUCAUAUAUCGGCCCAGUUGCGGCAAUUAAUCUACUACCAUCUCGACAACAAUCUGAUUCGCAACGCGCUCUUCCUCGCCGGCCGCUUGCAUGCUUAUGAACCUCGAGCCUCCGAAGCUUCAUUCCUCCUUGCGCUUUGUUACCUGCAGAACGGCCAAGUGAAAGCGGCAUGGGAGAGUAGCAGGAAUUUUGGAUCGCGUGGGACGCAUCUGGGGUGCUCCUAUGUUUACGCGCAGGCAUGCUUGGAUCUGGGGAAAUAUAUAGACGGUAUUAACGCGCUGGAACGAAGUAAGGCGCUUUGGACGUCAAAAACCCACUGGAACAAACACAGCGAAACACGCAGACAGCACUUGCCAGAUGCGGCUGCAGUUCUCUGCUUACAAGCUAAGCUAUGGCACGCGCACAAGGAGCUCAACAAAGCCGUCGAAUGCUACGUUGAGGCUCUCAAGCUCAAUCCCUUUAUGUGGGACGCCUUUUUGGGGUUGUGUGAGACAGGUGUCAAUGUUCGAGUACCAAAUAUCUAUAAAAUGAGCUCCGAACUUUUCACGUUAAUCUCAUCCUCCCUCCAGGAUGAUGCCGAAUCUCCCAUCGACAAACCAGCACCCUCCAGUGGGCCCUUGCAGAAACAGACCAAUGCAAAUCCAAGCCUGGAUCCUUUCACCUCCGCUACCUCUCGGGCCGAUUCGUUAACCACUCAUGGAAGCUCCGCGUUAUGGGAAAAAUUGAAUGGAAGUACGGUCAGUGUAGCAUCUACAGGGGGGUCAACACAUAUUAUCCACGAAGGUGCGGAAACUCCAGGGGAGCAGAGCAGUGAGUCCGACGAUCCUCGCCUGGUCAAUGGAACUGGCGGUGCAGAAGUAUCGUGGGAGCCACCGCUAGCACCGACAAGGAAAAACCGGACAAUACAAACAAUAGGGGGCGACCACGCGAUGGACCCUCCGCCGAAGAUGAAACCCACCGGGAUUCGACCGAGAACGAGAACCAAGACCGACGCAGACGAACACGCCCCUGCCCAGGCCGAUAAAGACGGGACGACAGGACCUAGAAUUGGCGAUCGCAAACGCACGGUUUCCGGUCAAGUCGCACACCCUACUGGUCCUCAUCCCACAGAACCUGGCGCGCCGCAACGACGCAGUGUACGGCUUUUCAACCAGAUCAAGCCUACUACGAGUAAGUUCUCCGGAACUGCGCUGGGGGUGAAAGACAGUCGAGAGCUCAAGAAGGUGAGGGCCACUGGAACCAAGGGACGCUCAGCAACUUCCACCAACGUAGGUCGUGUGGUCAGCGGCAACAAUCGAAAACAUAUUGGUGAAGUCCAUGAUGGCGAUAAUAGGGAAUACCGAACCACGUCUUUACCGAUGCAAAAUGGUGUUCACCACGCGUCUUCUAAAGGGGCCGCAAUUGAACGAUCCAAAUCUAUCGAGGCUUUGUCAUGGCUCUUGGAACUGUUUUCCAAACUCGCAUCUGGCCACUUCGCUAUGACUCGCUAUAAAUGUACUGAUGCUAUCCAACUGUUCAACUCCCUUUCCCAGGGGCAACGGGACACGCCAUGGGUUCUCGCUCAAAUUGGGCGAGCAUACUACGAACAAGCAAUGUACUCAGAUGCGGAGAAGUAUUUUGUCCGGGUAAGGGCGAUGGCGCCGUCUCGAGUCGAGGAUAUGGAAAUUUAUUCGACAAUUCUCUGGCACCUGAAAAACGACGUGGAAAUGGCUUAUCUUGCGCACGAGCUGAUGGAGGUUGAUCGCCUAUCCCCACAGGCCUGGGUUGCUGUCGGAAACUCGUUCUCACAUCAGCGGGAUCAUGAUCAAGCCUUGAAGUGCUUCAAGCGCGCUACCCAACUGGAUGCCCAUUUCGCGUACGGAUUCACACUCCAGGGCCACGAAUUUGUUGCCAACGAAGAAUACGAUAAAGCUCUAGAAGCCUACCGACAGGGCGUUAACGCGGACAGCCGGCAUUACAAUGCCUGGUACGGACUGGGAACAGUAUAUGAUAAAAUGGGUAAACUCGACUUUGCGGAGCAGCAUUUCCGCAAUGCCGCCAACAUCAACCCUACCAACGCGGUCCUCAUAUGCUGCAUCGGUCUCGUUUUAGAAAAGAUGAACAAUCCGAAGGCAGCACUGGUUCAGUAUGGCAGGGCGUGUUCUCUGGCUCCUCAUUCUGUGCUUGCUCGUUUCCGUAAAGCUCGCGCACUGAUGAAGCUGCAAGAGCUCAAGUUAGCUCUUGGCGAGCUCAAGGUCUUGAAAGACAUGGCUCCGGAUGAGGCCAAUGUGCAUUACCUCCUCGGUAAGCUCUACAAGAUGCUCCAUGACAAGGGCAAUGCCAUCAAGCACUUCACGACUGCUUUGAAUCUUGAUCCCAAGGCGGCGCAAUACAUCAAGGACGCAAUGGAAUCGCUUGACGAUGAAGAGGAGGACGAAGACGAUAUGGCAUGA